GGCGGUGCGGCGCCGGCGGCGCCGGCGGAGGACGAGUCCGGGAGCCUGUUGGCGCAGUCUGGGCUCUUCCUGUCGUACUUCGGGCUGCAGUCGACCAUGAGCUUCUACAUGAAGUUCCUGCUUGCGAAGGUGCGUGUGGCCGAGAACCUCAGGGGCGUGCCCGCUUCCUUCAUGAUCACGACCAGUCAGCAGCUCGUCGGUUUCACGUUGUUCCUGCUGUUUAUAGGCGUCUCGCGGCUGCUGGGGAGGCCCUACAAGCCCAAACGGUUGACCUCGCGGAAGGAGGUCCUGCUCGUCCUCGCUUUGAGGACCAUACGUCGUUCUCCCUGA